GAUUGCAAAACGCCGGACAAAAAAUGGGUGAUAUGUCCAGUUAAGCAUCAAAAAAAUGGAUUUAAGCCAUGCAGAAUACUUGCUGCGAUGUCUUUUUAGCAACACCUCUCUGGUGCGGAAAUAUUCCGGAUGACGUCUGAAACAACCUCCGUGAAUUGUAGUUAUGUUCGGCUCAAGGUGUGGUGUGCAAGUUUAAAACUCAAAUUGAUCAUGUCGAUUGUGCUCAAUGCCUCGUUGUUGCCAAAGGGCAAUGAUAUAAUCACUGUGGCCAUUGCGCAGUCCUUCAAUGGAGAAGAUGUUUGCAGCUUCGAUCUGAAUAAUGGAACGUUGGCGGAUCUAGAGAAAACACUCUGUGAUCCACGUGGACCAAUGUUCCGUUGUCUUCCUAGGUCCAGUCUCCAUUUCUACACAGAGAAGGAACCAUUGAGGGCGCUGGACCUGCAACUGCAGGUCUGUAGUUUUGGUUCCCUCGUAAUCCAAUACAAGGCCCCAGAUGUCGGCAAAUUUCUGGAGGCCAUGCAGAACAACAAGUUCGAUCCUUCGUCAGCAAAUUUUGAGAUGACCUGGACUGCAGCAGAAGCACCGGCAGUUUCUGCAUACCAAACUGAGUUCAUGAUAGAUCAAGUCCUCAGUGGAUUGCCCACCCAUGCAGACAGCCGAGAGCAUUUUGUUCGGAUUUUUGGCAAACUCACUGCUAUGGGCGAGUCGUGGAUCGUGCCGAGGGAUGCAAUGCUGGGAAAAUAUUUUUCCGACGGGAGACAUUUCAAGCAUCGCCUGUGCCAACAUUGGCUGGAGAUGGCUCGCGAUGCAUCCACCUCAAAGAUCUCAGAGGCAACACCCAUCAUACUACUCAAAAGGGGUGAUGAUGGCCGCCUGAUUGGCUGCGCAGUCCUUGGUGACUCCUUUCCCAGAAACUUUGAUGAUGGCAUGCAAAGAGAACUCAAUGAUUGGGUUUUGUACCCUGAUUUUAAGUGGCAAAACGUGUCACACGCCUUGCUAUCAUUGGAUUGGGACCCCCAAGAGGGCUUAGCACUCUUGCAAAAUCUCCCGAGGAAAAUUCAAUCACGGCGGGCACCUGCUCAAUUCACGACGCUCCAGACGCAGGAGGUCAAUCUGAUGGUCCACGUGCAGCUGCGCUUGUCCUAUCUUGGAGUUGCGGAAGUCCAAGGGUCCAUCAAUGCGGCCUGCGUGGAGGUUCUUGCGGAGCUGCUUGAGUACAAGCUGAAGAUCGUGAAGUUUCAAUCUGUUGCCGACUUGGAGACGGAGAUGAAGGGUUUCGAAGGUGACGCGCAGCACCGCGGAACCCUGGUGCUGGUUACAGAUCUUCCGGCUUCCACGGGCAAAAUCUUUGCUGGGUCCCAUCGCAUGGUCCUUUGCUACAAUGCCGAAGAGUGAGAUAUGAGGAUGGCUCCAGAAUACAUACCCAUGACCUACAAAUGAAUGGUCAAAAUGCAAUUCGAAUAUAUGUGCGGGCUCAUUGUUGCCCGAUUUUGGGUCGCCACACGGCACCAGCCGUUGUCUCAUGAAAGGCUGAGUCAGGGCUUGGCUUAGUGCGAGAGCAAGUAGAAGAUUAUGCAGACCAUGGUGAAAA